AUGGCCAACGAUUUCAUAAGCUCAGCCAUGUCGGCUCUGGACCUGUCCGACCGGAGCUUCAGUCCGGUCCAGUCCAAGUGGACGUUCGCGUCGAGCUCGGCAUCGGUCGUCGAGACGAAAAAGAAGAGCUUGUCGAAGAUGGAGCACAUACGCGACGUGGCCACCCAUCUGGGCCUGAUGGAGCCGGAGAGGCUGCAGGAGGAGUGCGUGCGCGUCGAUCGGCGCCUCAUGGAGCGGCUGCUCGCCGCCACGGGCCUCCAGUCGGCGCAAAACUUCUUCUACAACAUAAUGCAGGAGAGCAACACGGUGAUCACGUGGCCGCCGAGCCUCAAGGCCAACGCCAAGACGAAGAAGCUGCCCUUCGUCACGGUGCAGGGCCUGGCCGGCAACAUACGCCGGGCCAAGGAGGCCAUCUACAAGCUGCUCGAUCCCCGCCAGAAGUGCCUCGUGACCAUGAAGCUCGAGAUGGACUACACCGACCACUCGGACAUAAUCGGCACGAAGGGCGAGACGGUCUCGCAGCUGAUGAAGGAGACCGAGUGCAAGAUCCACUUCCCGGACUGCAACCGCAAGUGCAGCCAGGCGAAGAAGAGCAACCGCGUGGCCAUGAUCGGCGAGCUGCGGAACGUCGAGCGGGCGCGCGCCCGCAUCAGGUCCAUGACGCCGAUGACCUUCAUGUUCGAGGAGGACAAGUUCCACCAGCCGGACGACCCGUACAUAGCCGAGAUCCAGCUCAAGUACCCGGUCAAGGUGACGCUCAAGUCGGUGCUGCGGGCCGGGGCCAGCCGCACCAGCGUCCACGUCAAGGGCUACGAGAGCGGCAUGGACGAGCUGCGCGAGGCCGUCACCCUGCUCAUUCACCACAUCUGCGGCAGGCCCGCCGGCCAGGUCGACGUCCACGCCUGCAUCAACGUCUCGCCCGAGUACCGCAGCAUCAUCUACGGCAAGAACAAUCGCAAUCUCGAGGCCAUCAUGGCCCGCACCGGCACCGACAUUCUCUGCUGGAAGCCCGACAAAACUUCCAAGCAGCAGCAGCAGCAGCAGCAGCAAAAUAAUCAGCGACGCAACGGUGGCCAGCAGCAGCAGCGUCGCAAUAGCCAGCUCGACACGUCGAAUUCGUCCGAUACGAAUGGCCCGAACAGCAGCGGCAAAAACAACAACAAAAAGCCCUAUCCAAGGCCCAACGAGCUCGUUAUAAAAGGACCGGUACACAAAGUUUACUUAGCGCGGGAAAAGCUGAUCGGCUCCCUUCCGAUCAUCUUGCUGUUCGACGUGCCGGAAAAGACCCUGAACACGCACUACGUCGAUAACGCCAACGACCUCAUGGAGAAGUACGACGUGUUCAUCAGCAUCCGGGAGAAGCCCAAGCAGGACACCUUUUCCGUCGUCAUCAAGGGCUACGAGCGCGACGUCUUCAAGAUCUACGAGGCCAGGAGGGAGCUGCUGAAAAGCGACGAGCCUCGGAUCGAGCCCGUGCUGCCCAAGACCUACGAGGCGGCGGCCCCCAAGACGAGCUUCCUCGAGGAGACCUACACACCGUACGCGACCGCCGGCAAAUUCGACGCCGACGCGGGAGAAACGACUCGGGCCCAGAGCAGGCCGGCCGCCAGCCGAAAAGCUGCGCGCCCCAAGUUCAAGGACGACUCGUCGUCGAUCGUGCCCGAUAUCGCUUGCGCGCCCUGGACGAGUCAGAAGCGAAACGACUGGCUGCCGCCACCCAUUUCGCCUGGCUUCGCUAAUCGUGCCUACACCCCUAUCUGGGACCAAUUUUUUAUGUCCUCGAACACGUGA